UCAGAGGCGGCCGGGGACAGCCUGCUGACGACCUUCCCCCACCCCCCCGCCGACCGUGCCGGGUAUGGGUGCCGCCCCGGGGCCCUGGGCGGCCGCCGCCGCUACGGCCGUCUUCCUGCUGGGAGACUUCUACUUCUCCUUCGCUGCGGGGGACACGGCCACAGGGGAAGCAUUGCCACUUCACAUCAUCAACUUCAACUUUGAAACCGUGCAGGUGACAUGGAAUGCCAGCGAACCCACGGGGACGAAUUUCACUUUCCGCUACAGGUUCCACGGUGACAAUUACAGCCAGUGUCCCAGCUACCUGCUUCAGCAUGGCCUCCCCGUGGGGUGCGUCCUCAGGGCCAAAGGAGACUCGGUGAUGGACUUCUCCAUCGGGAACGGGACCCACACUGUCCUGUCCAGGAACAUAUGGAUCAGUUCUUACUUGAAGCCCAGCUCCCCGAGAGACCUCCAGUUCCACUGGCGGGAGGAGGCCAUCACCGUGACGUGUCCCAAUCUGCCGUACCGAGGCCUGCGGUACGAGGUUCAGCACAAGAGCGUCUUUGACGAAGAGUGGCAGUCCACGGAGGAAGACACCUGCAACGUGACGAUCCGAGCCUUGGAUGCCGACAGGUGCUACAGCUUCCGGGCCCGAGUGACCACCAAGGAGUCCAGCUACGGCCCGGACACCUACCCCAGCGACUGGUCAGAGGUGGCCCACCGGCAGAGGGGCGAGCCGCGAGAUGCGUGCCAGAAGACCCCGUUCUCCUCCAAGUUUGUUCUCGUCUGCGGCACGGUGGCCGCCCUGAUCGUGGUCCUCCUGCCCCUGUCUGUGUGGAAGCUGCACAGAGUGAAGAGGCUGCUGGUCCCCCGCGUGCCCGACCCCAAGGUCACCUUCCCCGGCCUCUUCGAGUCGCACCAGGGAAACUUCCAGGAAUGGAUCAAGGACACCCAGAACAUCGCCGUCUUGAAUAAGACAGGGGAAGACAGGGAGCAGGAGUCUCUCCUGGAGGGGCCGCUGGUGGUCCAGCUGCCCGCGGCCAAGGCUGAGACGCCCGUGGCCUCGACGACAGGCCCGUCGCACCUGCAGGCGGUGCGGAAAGAAGCCACGGGGGACCCCGACCCGCUGCCCUGCCCGCCAGCCCCGGGCAAGGACCUGGUCUCUCUGGGGGGCUUCACGUUCGUGGUCAAUGACAACGCGUAUGUGACGUUGUGACGUCGUGACAUCGUGACGCGGCUGCAGACGCAAAGCCGGUGGCAGGGGCGCGUGGACACAGGAACACCGAGGGGGUCUCUCCCCCGUGAAGGGGACAGACGCCCCGGACCACUGACUUCGCUGUCCCAGGGCUGAAGGCGGAUGCACCGCAGGUGCCGGAGGACGGGUUGGGUCUGGACUGUGGUUUCGGCUCCCAUGUCUUCCGGGCUGACCCCCUACCCCCACCCCGAUCCUCACCUGACGGCAUGUUCCAUGGAUUUUAGAGGGAGAGAGCGGAAUGGGGGUAAACAGAGACAGAGAGACAGAGACAUCGAUUGGUUGCCUUCUGUACGCACCCUGACCGGGGAUCGAACUGGCAACUUUUCCAUGUACAGGAGGACGCUCCCAUCUGCUAAGCCACCUGGACAGGGUACGGUCGAGGCCCAGGCAGUCCUGACACCCCCUUCCUUCCCAGACACCCUCCACGCCCCCCCCCUUUUCUGCACUAACACUUGGGAGCAAUUUCCUGGGUCUCCGGUUCCCUGGAACCUGGACCCAGCCAAGCCACCAGAAGCCAUGGGCAUGGAAGGCACCCUGGUUCAUCCCUGGCAGCCAGCCACUGCGGCUCUUGCUCUGCAAGGGAAGCGCCCCCCCUGGGCAAGAGCUGGGGCAUGUCCUUCUGGAGACUUUGCUCCCCCUGCAGACUCCACGCGGGUGACGUGGGGGGAGACGGCAGAGUCGCCAGCAGCAUCCCCACCCCCACCCCCAGAUUGAGUGGGCCUCGCAGGUUUUGAGCGUGCCCCUGACAUCAAGGGACACAAGAACAGGGUUGUCAUGAGAACUAUCGCAGGACGCACGGCGGUGCUCGAUGGAACGAGAUAGAGGAGAGCGUUCGCGCUGUUAUCUCGUCCCGGGCUUUGUGACGAAGGCACAGGAAGUUUCUAGAUCUUUCAGAUUUGGGUUUGCUCAGCGGGCGGCGCGGCGCUUCCUC